AACCAUUGAUGAAGUGGAAACAGAUGUGGUGGAGAUAGAGGCAAAGCUUGACAAGCUGGUAAAGCUAUGCAGUGGGAUGAUUGAAGCAGGCAAAGCCUACAUCACCACGAACAAGCACUUUGUCAGCGGAGUCCGGGACUUGUCGCAGCAGUGCAAGAAGGAUGAAAUGAUUUCGGAGUGCCUCAACAAAUUUGGAGACAGUCUGCAGGAAAUGAUUAACUAUCACAUGAUCCUGUUUGACCAGGCUCAGAGGUCAGUCCGGCAGCAGCUGCACAAUUUUGUGAAAGAUGACGUCCGGAAGUUCAAGGAAACCAAGAAGCAGUUUGACAAGGUGCGAGAGGACAUGGAGAUUUCGCUGGUGAAGAAUGCCCAGGCACCUCGGCACAAGCCCCAUGAAGUGGAGGAAGCAACAGGCACCUUGACCAUAACCAGAAAGUGUUUCCGACAUCUGGCCCUAGACUAUGUGCUACAGAUCAACGUCCUACAGGCCAAGAAGAAGUUUGAAAUACUGGAUGCGAUGCUGUCCUUCAUGCAUGCCCAGUACACCUUCUUCCAGCAGGGCUACAGUCUUCUCCAUGAACUGGAUCCCUACAUGAAGAAACUAGCCACAGAGCUGGACCAGCUGGUGAUUGAUUCUGCAGUGGAGAAGAGGGAGAUGGAGCACAAGCAUGCGCUGAUACAGCAGAGGACUCUCCUGCAGGACUUCUCCUAUGAUGACUCGAAGGUGGAGUUUAAUGUUGAUGCCCCGAAUGGAGUGGUGAUGGAAGGCUACCUCUUCAAGAGAGCUAGCAAUGCUUUCAAAACGUGGAAUCGGAGGUGGUUCUCCAUACAGAACAGUCAGCUGGUGUACCAGAAAAAGCUAAAGGAUGUCCUCACGGUAGUGGUGGAAGACCUGAGGCUCUGUACUGUCAAGCCAUGUGAAGAUAUAGAGAGGAGGUUUUGCUUUGAGGUCGUCUCACCUACCAAGAGCUGCAUGCUGCAGGCUGACUCGGAGAAGCUGCGUCAGGCCUGGAUUCAGGCUGUUCAAGCUAGCAUUGCUUCUGCAUACCGGGAGAGUCCUGACAGCUACUAUAUUGAAAGACUGGACCGGACUGCUUCCCCAUCAACUAGCAGCAUUGAUUCUGCUACCGACUCGCGGGAGCGCAGUGUGAAAGGAGAGACCAUCUUGCAGAGAGUGCAGAGCAUCCCUGGGAACGACCAGUGCUGUGACUGUGGGCAGCCGGACCCUCGCUGGGCCAGUAUCAACCUGGGCAUUCUGCUGUGCAUUGAGUGCUCUGGUAUCCACAGGAGUCUGGGUGUUCACUGCUCCAAAGUCCGAUCUCUCACACUGGAUUCCUGGGAGCCAGAGUUACUGAAACUGAUGUGCGAGCUGGGGAACAGUACCAUGAAUCAGAUUUAUGAGGCGCAGUGUGAAGAGUUGGGACUUAAGAAACCAACAGCAGGGAGCUCCAGGCAGGACAAGGAAGCCUGGAUCAAGGUGAAGUAUGUAGAGAAGAAAUUCCUGAAGAAGUUGCCAAAUGGGGAGACUCUAACAGAGAAUGAGCGGAAACCUCGACGCUGGUGUGUGAAGAAGUGCCAGAGACACAACAGCACCACAAAAGCACCCACGGCUCGUAGAAAGUACCGCCAUGAAGCAGGCAAUGCCUCACCAGCCAUGUUGUCAUCAGCAGCUACGCUGGAGAGGAAGUUCCGUCGAGAUUCCCUCUUCUGCCCCGAUGAGCUGGACUCUCUUUUCUCCUACUUUGACACCGGUGCUGGCUCCGGCCCACGCAGUGCCAGCCACAUCUCUAUGCAGCAUCCGCUAACAGGUGGCCCAUGGAGUGGCAGUGGCAUUGGUCCCGGUGGGAGCGGUACGCCGUUCCUCCUGGACGGAGGUCUGAGCAGUGACAGCGGGCUUGGAGGAAGCACAGAUGGCAGCACUGAUAUCCUGGUGUUUGGCUCCGUGGUGGACAGCGUGACAGAGGAAGAGUGUGAGGUGUCAGAGGAGUCAAGUGGUGAAGCAGAGAUUGAACAAGAGGCAUCGGAUUUGGAAGACCUGAGGGAGCUGCAUCCUGGCUUGUUGAUCUACAAGGCAGCACAAGCCCGAAACCUGCCUCUCAUGGCCGAAGCACUGGCACAUGGUGCUGAGAUCAACUGGGUGAAUGAUGAAGACGAAAACAAAACUCCUCUGAUUCAAGCUGUGAUGGGGGGCUCCUUGAUAGCAUGUGACUUCCUGCUGCAGCCUGGGGACACUAAUGGGGCAGAUGUUAACCAAAGAGAUAUCCGAGGCCGGGCACCCUUGCAUCAUGCCACAUACCUGGGGCAUACUGGUCAGGUCUGCUUGUUCCUCAAGCGAGGGGCAAAUCAGCAUGCGGUGGAUGGCGAUGGGCAGGACCCGCUCAGUAUUGCUGUCCAGGCAGCCAACGCAGACAUAGUUACCUUGCUGCGUCUGGCUCGAAUGAAUGAGGAAAUGCGAGAAGCAGAGGGCCCCUUUGGACAACCAGGUCAAUAUCCCAGCAACAGCCCUACUGAGCUGCAGUACAGAAAGUGUAUACAGGAGUUCAUCAGCCUUAACAUAGAUGAGUGUUAG